AUGGCCCGAAUCAAAUUCAUCGGCAUCCUGAAAGACAAAGCCUCAAUCCUCAAAGCGACUCUAUGCAUCAACGGCCGAGUCUCCGUACACCUCGCUGUCCUCCGCGCCACCACCCAUGACCCGUCAAGGCCGCCUUCAGAGACACGAAUCGCCUCCGUGCUCGCCCUAGGGCUUUCCUCCCGCCUCACUGCAUGCGCAUGCAUCGAGGCCCUCAUGGACCGACUCCACGUCACUCGGAGCGCCUUUGUUGCCCUAAAAUGCCUCCUCACAAUUCAUAACAUUAUAUCAAGAGGGUCUUUUAUUCUCAAAGACCAGCUUGCUUAUUACCCUUGUUUUGGGGGAUACAAUUUUUUGAAUCUCUCCAUGUUUUGUGACAAUUCCGAUUUGUGCAUGCUGGAAUAUUCAUCUUGGGUCAGAUGGUACGCCGGUGUGAUCGAGCAGAAUCUCAUGGUGUCUAGAGCAAUUGGGUAUUAUCUCAAUUCGACAAAAACCGAUGGUAAUAAAAGAGACAAGGAAGAGAAGGCACUUGCUCUUUUGGACUCGGAUUUGGCAAUGGAGAUUGAAGUGCUUGUGGAAUUUGUGGUACGAAUUUGCGACGCACCCGAUUCAUUAGAACUUCAGAAGAACAAUUUGGUAUACGAAGUGGUGAGAGCAGCGGGCGAAGAUUACAGGUCGAUUCAGCGUGAAAUUGUUGUCCGAGUCAAGGAAGUUGGAGAUAGAAUCGACUCAGUCGAGGGUUUGAGUUCGGAUGAGUUGACUCGGUUGAUUGACGCAUUGGAGAGGCUGGAGAGUUGCAAGGGGAAGUUGAUGCUAUUGUUUGUGAACAGGAAGAGGAAUGAUGGGUUGUGGGAGUUGGUGAAGGAGACGAAGGCUAGGCUUGUGGAGAUGCAGGAGAAGCGAGAGGAGAAGAGAGUGGUGGUUUUUAUGGGUAGGAACGAGUCAGCCGAGUCGACUCAAUGUUGGAACCCAUUUCUUGAACCAGGACAGUUGUUGCUGUUACCAUCUGGUGGUGCGUGGGUAGGCUUGGGACCGACACCAAUAGCCGUUUGAACAGCAGAUUAUCGUGUCUUGUCGGGUUUUUGUACAGUGGUAUGCAUCUAAUUGUAUGUGUGAAUUAUAUUAGCAUUUAUACAUAAGCGAUUACCAACUGUUAAUAAUACAUUAUGGAAUAUAAAUGUGAACCGAUGACUCAUCA